AUGGGUGACGUUAUCAAGGAGGUGCCGCUCACGGCGGUUCGCGUUGAGGCCCUUGUGGUGAUGAAAAUCGUCAAGCAUGGCUCCCAGACCUUCCCCACGACCGCGACCGGCUCCAUCGUCGGCAUGGACUCGGACGGCCUUCUCGAGAUCAGCAACACCUUCCAGUUCCCCACGGUCGACGUCGCAAACACGGACAGCCACAGCCACAGCAACAACAGCAACGACGCCUCUGCCCUCGCCGCGGCCGCCCCCCGCCAGAAGGCCAACAUCGUUUACCAGAACGAGAUGAUCAAGCACCUGAAGGAGGUCAACGUCGACGCUAACAACGUCGGCUGGUACACGAGCGCCGCCAUGGGCAACUUUGUCAACCUCAGCUUCAUCGAGAACCAGUACCACUACCAGAAGGACAACGAGCGGACAGUCGCUCUCGUCCACGACGUCAGCCGCAGCUCCCAGGGCUCCCUGAGCCUGCGCGCUUUCAAGCUCACUCCCGCUUUCAUGGCCGCCUACAAGGAGGGCAAGUUCACGACCGAGAGCCUGAAAGCUUCCAAGCUCACGUUCAAGGACAUCCUCGCCGAGCUUCCUGUCGAGAUCCACAACACGCACCUGUUGACCUCGUUCCUCCACCAGCUCCCCGGCCUCCCCCAGCAGGACAGCAUCGAGCGGCCCAACUCGCUGUCGGACCUGCGCGAAGACCCCAUCAAGCAGCAGCUGCACCCCUCGGUUGAGAACCUCGACCUCUCGAUAGACCCCUUCCUCGAGAAGACGUGCGACCUGCUGCUCGAGAGCAUCGAGUCGCACUACACGGACCUCAACAACUUUCAGUUCUACCAGCGCCAGGUCGGCCGCGAGCAGGCCAAGAUUACGCAGUGGCAGGCCAAGCGCAAGGCGGAGAACGCAGCGCGCGCGGCGGCCAAGCAGGAGCCCCUGCCCGAGGACGAGUGGCAGAGGCUGUUCAAGCUGCCCCAGGAGCCCAGCCGGCUCGAGGGCAUGCUGAACGCGAAGCAGGUGGAGCAGUACAGCAAGCAGGUGGACGGCUUCACGUCCAACAUCAGUGCCAAGAUGUUCGCCGUCAGGGAGAACCUGCUGCCCAAGCGGGCUUAG